AUGGUCAACUUUGAUGUGACAGAGAUAUUGGAGAAACUGUCUCUGGAUGAGAAGAUAGGGCUGCUGUCAGGAAGUGACUUCUGGCACACUCAGACUAUCCCACGCCUGGGCAUCCCCUCACUUCGAAUGUGUGAUGGCCCAAAUGGGAUCCGCGGCGUCCGCCACUUCAACCCUGUUCCAGCGUCAUGUCUGCCAUGCGGUACCGCUCUUGGUGCGCUAUGGGACCCUGACUUGGUCGAAGCUGGGGGCCGACUCAUGGGACAAGAGGCGCGUGCGAAAGGCGUGCACAUCCUGCUUGGCCCUACCGUGAACAUACAGCGCUCUCCGCUGGGUGGCAGGGGGUUCGAAAGCUACAGUGAAGAUCCUUUUCUAUCAGGCACUUUGGCAGCAGCACAAAUCCGAGGAAUACAGGCCGAGGGGGUGGCAACUACGAUAAAACAUUUUGUUUGCAACGACCAAGAACAUCAACGCAAAGCCGUCAAUAUUCUGGUCUCUGAGCGCGCACUAAGGGAGAUUUACAUGAUGCCUUUCCAAGUCGCGUUGCGACACUCUGAUCCCUGGGGGCUCAUGACUUCUUAUAACAAGGUCAACGGUACUCACGUCAGCGAAAGCUCUGACCUUUUGCAGAAAGUCCUCUUAGAAGAAUGGUCGUACAAAGGCUUUCUUCUGAGUGAUUGGUUUGGCACAUAUAGCACAAGCGAGGCCAUUAGAUCUGGCCUGGACCUCGAGAUGCCCGGUCCUUCCACAUGGCGGGGUUUCGCCCUCAAGCAAGCACUGCGAUCCAACAAGGUGGCAAUUUGGGAGAUUGAGGACCGAGUGCGUAGAGUCCUUCACCUCAUCAAAAAGGGUAUCGAAAGUGGCAUCCCGGAGGCAGCACCGGAUUGUGUUGGCGACAUCGAUGCCGCCCGUCCCCUGCUAAGACAACUAGCGUCUUCUUCAAUUGUGCUUCUCAAGAAUGAUGGAAAUCUGCUUCCUUUAAAGAAGGACAAGACGGUGGCCGUAAUUGGACCAAACGCAAAAGCAUUCCGUAUCCACGGCAGCGGUUCCGCCGCAGUCCAUGCAACUUAUGCCGUCUCGCCCUAUCAAGGCAUCAAACAAAAGGUGACAAAUGUGACUUACGCCAAAGGUGUUGAAGACCACAAGAAGUUGCCGUUGAUGAAUGGACUGCUAAGAACACCGGCCGGAAAUGUCGGCUACUUGAUGAAAUUCUACGCCGAGCCACCUUCUUGUCAAGAAAGGAAGGUGAUUGAUGCGAUCGAGAACAACGACACCAUGGUGUACCUGACCGACUAUCGCCACGACUCAAUCGACGGCUAUCUCUAUUAUUCGGAGCUAGAAGCAUACUUUGAGCCAGAAGCUAGCGGUGAGUAUACAUUUGGAUUGGCAGUCUACGGCACCGCCAAACUCUACGUCGAUGGAGAUAUCGUAGUGGACAACUCCCGCAACCAAACCCUUGGAGACAGUUUUUGGGGUGCUGGAACAAGAGAAGAAAAAGGUACGGUCAACCUGACCGCGGGCAUUCGCUAUAAGAUUCAGGUGGAUUUUGGAACAGCGCCGACGCAGAGUACCUCAGCUCUGGGAUCAACCAACAUGGGAGCAGGUGGCUUCAGGCUCGGUUGUGCGUUGAACGUGGAUGCCGCCGCUCAACUAGCAGCGGCUGUGGAGAUCGCUGGUACGGCCGACCAGGUCAUUAUCUGCACCGGACUCAAUGAGGACUGGGAAUCCGAAGGUUUUGAUCGUGAAACGAUGAAACUCCCAGGACUGACAGACGAGCUGAUCCGUCGCGUUUGUGCCGUCAAUCCAAACACGACCGUCGUGAUCCAGUCGGGAACCCCGGUGACCAUGCCUUGGGUACAUCAAGUCCCUGCUAUAGUGCAAGCCUGGUACGGUGGAAACGAGACAGGUAAUGCUAUUGCUGACGUCCUCUUUGGUGAUGUGAAUCCAAGUGGCAAGCUACCUCUCUCUAUCCCUGUUUGUGAGGAAGACAAUCCAGCCUUUCUGAACUCGAAGUCGGAAGCCUUUCGAAUACUUUACGGCGAGGACAUUUUUGUCGGAUACCGCUAUUACGAGAAGGUUCGAAGGGCUGUUGCAUUCCCAUUCGGGCACGGUUUAUCAUUUUCCGACUUCUCUAUCCAGAACUUGCGACUCAGCGAAUGUGACACGAGCGGCCAUGUAGGUGAGAACUUGACCAUCACAGUGGAUGUACAUAACAAAAGUCCAGUCAAUGGUUAUGAGGUCGUGCAAGUCUAUGUUCGCCAGCUCCACCCAUCCAUAAGCCGGCCAAUGAAAGAGCUUCGAGGAUACAAGAAGGUAUUGGUACCUUCGUACAGCACAGUGACCGUGGAGAUACUAGUUGUCAAGCAGUUGGCCACGAGCUUCUGGGACGAGCGCAAGCAUAUGUGGAUCAUGGAAAAGGACACAUACGAAGUGCAAGUUGGCUCAAGCAGUGAAGAGAUAGCGCAGACCGCCGAAUUCGAGGUCCUUGAGACACAAUGGUGGCGUGAGACUAGGAAACCAGACACACAAAAGUCAUAG